AUGGUCGUUGUUACUCCGGCCAUAGCCGCCCUCACCGGCGAGCUAACCCUCUUCCACACCACCGACCCACUUCUCUCCAAUUCGCCCAUCCUCGUCUUCUAUGGUCCUGCGCCCUCCAUCUCUGCCGCUACCUCACGCAUCCAGAUCCACGUCUUCACCCCCGCCGGCUUCGAAUCCUACCCUCGUGUCAGCAUCUCGCCCAGUGCUCCCUACUAUGCUGCUGUCAAUUCGCUCCCACGAGAGGAGCAGGGCGAUGAGGUCUGUCGUGGUUUGGCCUUUGGUCUGUCCAAGUAUUUCGCCGAAGUCCCUCGAGCUUCAAGAGACGCAUGGGUCGCACAAGCAUGUCUCUCAAAGAAAGCCGCUUCUGCCUUUGCCCUGUUCAGCGACCCUCACGUCGCCAUACUGGCCACCCGUAUGAACAAGGUCGAUAACCUUGACGAGAUUAUCAACGACAUCCAACGUUCUCUUAGUGAACAGACCGUAUCUUGGCUAGAUCUGGACGUUGUUUUGCCUCCCGGAUCAAUUGAGCCUGUCAAAAUCGAAGACGAAGAGCCUGAGAAAGAGAACGUAGACGAAGAUGAGCUAUGUGCUCGUCGAUAUGGAGAUUAUGCACCUUUCAUCAAGUUGCUAGGCGAACCUGCCUUUCUGCCGACCUCCAAGCUACGCAGAGCUCCUUCAAAGCCCACCGCUAUUGGCCGCAGUCAAGCUUUCCUAAGAGACCAGCGCGAUGUGGUCAGGAAGGAGAUGAGUGAGCUAGUCGACACCGAGUCCAACUACAUCAACAAACUCUCCACGCUGGUGGCUGACAUCGCUUCCGAUCUACGACAAAUAGUUCAUAACGACGCUAUACCAGUCUCGAACCCCAUGGAACGCACGAUCAAUGAUCUAUUUCCUCCCUUUCUUGACAAGAUGCUCGAACUGAACUCGGCUUUUCUUGAGGCUAUCCGCCGCGUCUUGGACGAAACUGAAGACUCGACCAUCUUGGAUCUGACAGACACUGCCGAGGAAACCUCCAACGAUGAGCCAAUAGCAGACACGAUUGGUCUAACCGACUUCGCAAAGUGUUUGAUUGAAUGGUUUCCGAAGUUUGCCGAGUGCUACCCCUCCUAUAUGCAAGCCCACUCAAGGUUUCCACGCUUGAUGAGAAGAUUGGCGCGCAUUGGAGAUGCAAGCAUUCUUGACAAGAUUCAGGAGUUUGGAGAGAAGCGCCUAAAUUCUCUGCUCAUUGAGCCAGUACAACGUCUGCCACGUUACACCUUGUACAUCGACAGCAUCGCGAAGCAGCUUCCGGUAGCUCAUCCUGCACUUAAACUACUGCUCAAAGCUCGAGAUAUUGUCUCGGAGAUCUGUUCGCAGGACGCACCAGGUGCCCAAGAAACGAACAUGUGGGAGCGUUUGCAACGUAUUGUCAAGUCAUGGCCAGAAGAAAUCGAGUCUGUAGGCCGACUGAUUACCAUAGUGGAUGUGGUGGAGAUGUUCCCUCCGUUUGAGGACGGCCACAGCCGCGGAAGCUCGGGAGUCCUUAUGUUGUUCACCGACUGUACUGUGUUUGUGGAAAAGCGAACUCAGAUGGCCAUGUCUGCGCGUGCGCUGUUGUCGGAACUCGGUAAACCAUUGCUCGAGGACCGUCGUGACUCGACUCGUCCAGGCACUCCACCAUCUCUGCAUUUUGUUGAUUCUUUCAGCUUGCAAGACACCACUGUCACAGAGUAUCUGGACAACCGUGCGAUCACCAUCAUGCCACUAUCGCCUGGUCCCGAUCCUGGCAUUGCAUGUGAGCAGCGUGUAUAUCUGCUUGAAGGAUCGUACUCUGGAAAAGCAUCCAAGUUCCAAGAAGAAUGGACCAAAGCCCAGGUCGAAGGCCGAUUCACUGAGGAAGAGCGUGAGAGUGGGAAGUGGGAAGUCCGCAGUGCUCAAAUCUCUGGCGGGGAUCUGAAUCUAUUCAACGCCAUCUUUGAAGGUUGUCAAAGGCAUCACCAGGAAAAUCCAGCCGAAUCAGCACGGAUCCGUGUAAUUAUUGACCCCAGCAAGCAUGAACAUCUCACACCCGUCGGAGACAACCAACUUGAGGCAAAUGUGUCCUUGGAGAAGUCGGACAAGGGACAGUGGCGUAUAUCCAUCGAGAGCGCCUUCUCCAUGGCAACACGCGAUAAGGUCGAUGAAGGAGAAUUUCUCUCUCUAUUCAUACGUCGACUGAGUGGGCUACUAACGUCUCGAUUCUCGACCAAGAAUUCUGCAAUCACUUCUUCGUUCGUCCUUCGCAACCAGCAAGUCUUGGACGACUUGCAUCUGGAAUUUGAAAAGAAAGAGGCUGAGGUGUCAGUCGCACCGGAGCCAUCUUCUAGCCAUGAACAUCAUCGACCUAAAUCCCCUGUUAAGAUGAUCUCCAACUUCCUCUCUCAGUCGACGCAUGGGCGUCAAACGCCGACUUCACGAAAGCUUCCUCAACCCAAUGCCUUCUCAGAUGCACCUCUGCUUCUUCCAAGCAGUAGGGAUGGAAGUCGACCAUCUUCACGCGACCAACCUCUACAGCUCUCUCUGACUCCUGAAAGAAACAACAGCGUGGCAAGUCCUUCGAAAAGACUCGAGGAUGCGCUGAACACCUAUCUCUUAGCGCUGCUUGCUCGUAAAGGCAACAUUGUUGGAAAAGUUGUGCAAGGCAGAUCGCGUGCAAACGAACUCUCUGUCAACGAACUAUACAACUCAUUGCUUGAAGAUCCCAACAUGAUGGUGAUAGCAGCACAGUCAUCCAUUGACGUCCUAUUUGCUGCUUUCGAGAAAUUUCUCAAUGUUGCUUGGAAAGAAGGCAUUGGGGCAGUGAUGACAGCAACUCAAUUUCAGACCAUUCAAACUAAAGCCGAGAGUUUGUUCCCUGUCGAUUUUGAGCGCUACUUCAAAGACAGUUUUCACAAUAUGUCUCCUCCAAACCAAAGAGCAUUGAAGGGAAUUGUCAAGCUGUUAGCAGAACUGUUGGAUGGCACUGGUAACGAUGGCGACCGCGGUAUUUUGACUGCAGCGUUUGUCGAGAUCUUGGUCCCUGAUGGCAACCCAUACGAUUUUGUGUCACUGCUCGAUAGAUUCGUGGAGGAUAUCGAAUCAUUGUUUGGCGAGGUGGUGCAACCUAGAGAGGUAAGGCCUACAUUGGGAGGACAUGGUCGCUCACGCUCCACCAACACGGCAUCCUUGACCUCUAAUACAUCCUCCUUCCGAAAGAAGUUCGGGUUUGGCUCUAGUACCAGCAAACCCGAGCAAGACUACAAAGUUUCAGUGUGGCGUACUCUGAGCAAGAGCACAAGGCUUCCUGAUCAACCAUCAAGCUUGUCUAGAGGCACAAUGCAACGAGCGAAGACCACGGAUGGCCAUAGUGGAUUACCGAUCAGACCGUUCUCGCAAGAAGGACCAAGUAGAGGCCCAUCGCCGCAACCUCCUGAACGACCCAUGUCACACGACUCUAUGUGGCAUAAUAAUGGCCCUUCGCUCGGAAGUAUAGGAGAGACGCUCAGCCCACCGAACCCUUCGCCUCACAGAAAGAAACGGCGUAGCUCGCUGUCCGACCUCAAAUCUUUGGAGCUUACUUUGAAUGAAUCACCUUUCAUCUCGCCAUCCGCCAUGCGCUCUUUCGAGGCUUCACCAAAGGAACCGGCGGAGAGGACAAAAUCACCUUCUCCAACACUUACCAGAGCUAGUGGCAUUCCCACUCUUGCUUCAACUCUGGGUUCGCCUAUCAGUGAUCGACCUCGUUCAAGACUGCCAUCUGCUUUCCGCAAAGAAAACUCGCCUCUCAAUCAGCCCAGUCCAUCACCAUCCUCAACCAGGCCAAGAAGCCUGAGCAAGCAGCCGGAAGAAUUUGACGCCAGUCCGGCUCCACUUUUACGACGUGGCAGCAAGCAAGUAGGGGAUGCGACGCACAGUCCUUACUCGAUUGCAGGCUUGUCAGAGCGUCCAACAGCUGGCAACGCUAUGCGUAUCAAAACAGGUCAUCCAGGUACACCAGCAAAAGUGACGAUAAAAUCGCCACCACCUAGUGGUACGCCGACCAGGAAAUUGCGCAUGCAAUCACCGCAGAAACUUCGUGAGCGUCUUCAAGACGAGCAUCGCGCCUUGGACGCUGCACAUUCAACCCUGCAAGAUGAGUUGAGUCGUAUAGGCGAAGAAUUAAGCUUGACUCGCCACAACAACGUCUUGCGUGGUGACGAGUCACUCGCUCAAGCCUCAUCAUCCGAUCAUGACUUCCAUGCUCGACUCUCAGCUCUCGAAGCCUCAAUUCCUUCUUCCGUGGACGCUGUAGCCUCUCGUAUCGCCAAGAUCCAAGCCGACUCACUGUCCUCCCUUGCCGUCUCGGAAUCCAAAGCCAAGAAAUUGGAUGAGUUAUAUCGUGAAGCCAAUGCUGAGAACGAAGCAUUGUAUGCACGCUUCAACGAUGAGUUGGCGAGAGUGUUGAAAGCUGUCAGGAGCGGACAGGGGCUUGACGAGUUGAAGAACAAAGUCCGAGAGUCGCAAGAUGAGGCUGGAAGACUGAGAAGAGAGAACGCUAGAUUGAAGCGUGAGGUUCUGGGCUUGAGAAGUCAGCUCAAGGAGUGA